CGAUUGCAUUUUCUACAACGUCAGACGUCAGUAACAUUUAACGCGAUUUUGAUCUGCCUCCAUUCUUUUUAUACUGUUUGUUAUUUUGUGCGUGUUCUGAAAGCCCAAUUAACAGCAAUUAUUUCACGACUCAUCUCGAACGACCCGAAAUAGAUUGUAAAAUUGCAUUCUCUGCUCAGAAAAAAGGAACGUGUUCCGCUGCUAUUCGCUUCUGAUUGGGUAUCUUCUUACAUAGAAUGUCCAUAGGCUGUUGAUAAAAAUCAACCAUUUUAUAGUGCAGCAUUAAAACAUAGAUUCUUCGACGUUUGAGUUAAGUUUCCGUGCUAGUGGCUGAAGAUAAUUACAUACGGAUAACAUUCCGUUGUAUCUGACAAGUUAACAUAAACCAGGCUGCGAACGCAAAACAACAAACAAAAUGGCAGUAGGGAGAGUAGCCGGGAAUAUGGGGUACUCCAACUCCAACUAUAGGACCGGCCGAUCCUAUCACGGAGGGAUUAAUGAAGAAAUUAUUUGGAUUAGUAUUGGGAUGGCAGUAACCAUUGCAAUACUGAUCACCCUGGCGUUGAUAUAUCUUGCAUACGAAAAGUGCCAGAAACGACGGCAGCGAUACAUACAGGCGUGAGACCAAGGGAAACUCGUGACUCCCAACGCUGCUAAGACAAACCCCAAAAACAUUAGCAUGGACGAUACGCAUGCUUUCCCAAACAGGCGGGAUGGAGAACAAUAGACGAACAAAAGCGCAUAGCAAUUCUCAACCACCACUAAUGGACCAAAAUGACUAAAAAAAUGCCUCUUUAUAGAAGCACUUAAACAAAUUAUAGUUAAGCUAAGAACAUGAACAAAGAUAACAAGCAACCGUAGCGUGUAAUAAACCCACAGAGGAAUGAUAAAAUCAAAGGAAACUUAAUGCCAAAAACAUUUUUAAAAGCUAUAUAUUUUUUAGCUCGGAAAAACCAAAACAAUACGACUCAACCAGAAGAAGCACGCGAGGAGUUCGCAGUACGCAGCACAGCACAAGAAUAGGAGCGUUUGUGAAAUGCAACCAGAGCUAAGGAGUAGCAGUUUCAAGACAGUAUUUAUAUGUCCGUAUUACGACGAAACUUCUGUCAGCAACGGGAAAACUUAUGAAACAAAAUCAAAGAGUUUACUCACAAUGUGUAAUUAUGUCUUCGUAGCACCGACUGUAGCCAGUGAAAGACAAAACCCUGAAGUAGAAAACCUUGCAUGGACGUUUUAUGCCCUUUAUCUAACUGUUGUUAACCCACAAACCUGUUAUAGUAUAGUGAACUAAACCCUUGUCGUCCACUACAGCCUCUUUGAAAUGCACCAACUGAAACUGACUAACGAAAGAAAUAAAACAUGACAGGACACACAUUUAUCCGCCGUGGUCACAUCGACAUAAUUGUCCUCCACACCUGACCACUUCUACUUUCGCGGACGAAUCUUAGCUGCCAUGUUUAUUUUUUUAUCGAUACUGAACAGUAAUCUAGUGGUGGGUGUUAGCAGAGAAGCAAAAUUGAGUUGAGGACGAAUCGUUGUAAACUCCUAAUAAAGAUGUGUUGUUUGUAGGUGGAAACAUGAUACUACUUGGCCUUUUUGAAUGAAUUACUUGAUACGUUCUUGCGAAUCUUUAUAUGUUGAAGUAACACAAUUAGUAGCACUUUUUUAAAAAUCAUCCAACAAUGUUUUAUGGACAACUAAUGAACGCUAUGUUCAAAAUGCACACGUAGAAUGGUUUUCUCAGGUCACAUGUAUGUCUUUUUUUUCUCAUUUGCAAACACGUGUAUACUCAACUCUCGGUAUAGUUGUGCAGUCUGUUUAAUGUUGUUUUAUUUCGAUGUAUCGUACUUCUCUGUACUAAAGUAAUAAAAGUAAAGGAAACAACGCCUAGAA